AUGACUUUUCCACUCAAAAAUACUAUAACAUCUCUGUAUCUAACUAUUAAGUUUAGAAAAAAGAUGGGCAUCAGGAGCUUUCUUUCUUUCGUAUUCAUCUUUAUGGUAUCAUCUUCUUUAAGCUCGUCAUGCUGUAAGGCUUCGUCUUCGUCUCCAUCUUCUUGCGGUGAUAUCAAAAACAUAAGCUGUCCUUUUACACUAAAAGGUGAUAGUCAGAAAUGUGAUGCUUCUUUCUUCAUCCAAGAGCUCUCUUGCAUCAAUAAUCGUACUGUCUUGUACUUGCUUCCAGAUAAACUCUUAUAUUAUGUUAAGAGUAUCAAUUAUACUAAUUAUUUUAUUAGGAUUGUUGAUCCUGGCAUUAAGAAGAAUAACUACUCUUCUCUUCCGUCACAUUAUAUCUCACAGGAAGACCUCCCGUUACACAACGUCGAGUAUAAUCAGCCAAUCACAACUAUAGACUGUCCUUCUCCUGUAAACUCUAUCCGAUACAUCAAUAUUACUUCACUGACUUCUUCAUACUCUGCUUCAGCAUUGGGGAAGUAUUAUGUUUAUUCUUAUUCGUACAUAGUGGCUGGAGAUUUAUCUAUAUUAGAAUUAGAGUACAAUUGCAGGAUUAACAAGCAGACUUUAAUCUCAGAAGAGUCGGCUCUUGGUAGCUAUCUCACUUCUCGUCUCUGGAACAACACUGCUGUCGAAUAUAAUUUAUCUGAAAUUCACAAUGCAAUGGUUUAUGGAUUUGAUCUCCCGUGGACUUACUUCUACUGCUUAAACUGUGACGAAGCUACCAAUGGAACAGGGGAGUGCGCUACUUUUCCUGAUCCUCCUGAUCUUUGGGCUUGCGAUGCCCAUAGGCCAUGCAUCCUCAGCCAUCCAAGCUCGUACCAUCUUUCAAUUUCGUGCUUUUUCCAGAACUGGCAUGGAAUUAUUGAUCAACUCAAACGAGGAAAGAUCCGAGAACGCAUUGGUGAAGUUGCAGGCAUUAUUUUUGGUGCGAGAUUUUCUUUAGGAAUACCAUUCGUGCUGGCGUUGUUGGUUUAUAGAGCUAGAAGAAGGCAUUUAUCAAUGUACGACACUAUUGAGGAUUUUCUUCAAGCUCAGAACAACUUGAUGCCUAUAAGGUAUUCAUAUUCGGACAUCAAGAAGAUUACCGAUAAUUUUAAAAAUAAAUUGGGUGAAGGAGGUUUCGGGACUGUUUAUAAAGGAAAGCUCCGUAGUGGCAUUUUUGUUGCUGUGAAGUUACUGGGCAACUCUAAGGCUACUGGGAAAGAAUUCAUUAAUGAAGUUGCUACAAGUGGGAGGAUUCAUCAUGUCAAUGUGGUGGAACUAAUUGGCUUCUGUUUCGAAGGUCCAAAACGUGCUCUAAUUUAUGAGUUCAUGCCUAAUGGAUCUUUAGAAAAAUACAUUUUUCGGAAAGAAGAAGUACAAGAAGAAAUUGUUUCCUUGAGUUGGGAAAAGAUGUAUGAAAUAUCCUGCAAGGUAGCAGGCGGAAUUGACUAUUUGCAUCGAGGUUGUGACAUGCAAAUUUUGCAUUUUGACAUCAAGCCUCACAAUAUUCUUCUUGACAAGAAUUUCAAUCCAGUUAUUUCUGAUUUCGGGCUUGCAAAAUUACAUGCCACCAAUGAUAGCAUUGUAACUCUCACCGCAGCUAGAGGAACACUCGGCUACAUGGCUCCAGAAAUGUUUUACAAAAAUAUUGGCGGCAUUUCACACAAAGCAGAUGUUUAUAGCUUUGGAAUGUUGCUGAUGGAAAUGGCUGGUAGAAGAAAAAAAUUAAAUCCAUUUGUGGAUCAUGUUAGUCAAAUUCACUUCCCGUCAUGGGUUCACGACCAAUUCAGUGAGGGAAAAGAGCUUGAGAUGGAAGAUGUUACUACGGAAGAAAGGAAGUUAGUAAGGAAGAUGAUAAUAGUAGCAUUAUGGUGUAUACAAAUGAAGCCGAGUGAGCGGCCUUCAAUGAACAAAGUUAUUGAAAUGCUAGAAAGAGAUGUUGAAGACUUGAUAAUGCCUCCCAAGCCAUUUUUAUAUCCACAAGAGGAUCCAGCUGAGACAAACAACUCAACUCAUUCUUCACUUAGCUAACUGCAUGUUGAGAAAGGAAUGUUUUGCUUGAAGUUUGUCAUUAAGGACAUCAUUUGCCAUUUGUUUUGGUUUGCUAAUUACUAUACAGACUAGGUACUUUAAUGUUUCAGAUACUUAAAGUAGCUUAUUCUAUACUUCAGAAGACCUGACUUGCAUAUA